AUGGACAAUGAAGGCAGUCAUCAACCCAAGCAAGAACGUUCAAGGACUAGGUGGACAGCUUCCCUUGAUAAGACAUUCGCAGACUUGGUUGUUAAGCAGAUUCAAUUGGGAAACAGACCCAACAAUGUCUUCGACAAGAAAACAUGGAACAUUAUUCGUGACGAGUUUAACAGGCAAACAGAUCUCAACUUCAACAACAAUCAAUUGAGGAAGCACUUGGAUGUUCUAAGGACGCGCUUCUACGGUCUCAAGUCAGCUUAUGAUCAAACUAAUGACUUCAGUCUGGAUGAUUCUUGUUGUAUCGAGUUUGCUCACCUGUGGGAAGACCUUGGGGUACAGCCUAGGCCUGAAACAAUUAAAGUCAAGGACUGUCCCAUAUAUGAUCAGCUCUGCACGAUAUUCGCAGACUCAACCGCCGAUGGGAAGUAUGCCCAAUCUAGUCACUAUGAGGGUUUGGACAAGUCCGCCGGAAUAGACGAUGCAGGUUUGAGUUCCUAUCCUGACAGUGAAGCCCCUCCUCAUCCUGAAAUCCCACCAUCCUCAAAGCCUGUGCAAGGAAAUGCAUUAUCAGCAGAAAAGGUGGCCAAGGUUAUAGCAGAGAGAAAAAGGAAACGUCCAUCUGAAACACACUCUUCUGAGGAUCAAAGAAGCAGAAGGGAUCAAGAAAUAUGUGAUACCAUGGCACAAGCCAUGCGAGAGAUGAUUGCUGCCUCAAAGUUGAGGAGGGCCACAGCAAUGCCUAGUGACAAAUUUUCGAUAACAAAUUGUAUUAGAGCACUGGAUGAGAUUGAAGGCAUUGGCGAAAAGCUCUACUUUCCGGCACUGGACCUGUUUGAGGACCCUAAUUUAAGGGAGACCUUCCUCUCUUUAAAAGGCAAUCAAAUACGGUUGACUUGGUUGCAAGCCAAGUGCAGUAAAACUACCUAUGGUUAG